AAAGAAUGACAGUAAAAUAGUGGUAAAAUAAAACGUUUGACCACCGUUUGACAAACUUACGCAAAGUGGCGCAAAGUUUAUCAAAGUUCGACAACUAAUACGCAUGUUGUUUUUCCGGCGCACGCUAUAAGUUAUGUAAAAAUAAAUAUUAUAACCAUUAUAACGUGUUUUGUGACUCGUGAGAGUGAGUAGCUUGGUUUAUUCUUUGUUUGGUGUUAUCUCUAUACAAUUAUUGAAGGGUCGGUUCAGUGACGCAACGUCACUCCAGCCACCAUGGCGUCGACGGCGGAGACCGAGGAGGAGACUUUCAGCCGCGGCGCCGUCGUGCGCAUCAAGCUCCGUAACUUUCUGACGUACGACGAGGUGACUGUGAACCCGGGGCCGCGCCUCAACCUCCUCAUCGGCCCGAACGGCUCCGGGAAGUCGACCGUGGUGGCCGCUCUGGUGCUGGGCCUGGCCGGCUCUCCGCAGAUUCUCGGUCGCGCGCCGCAGCUCUCCCUCUACGUCAAGGAGGGCACCCAGGAGGGCUCCAUCGAGCUGGAGCUCUUCGAUCCGAAUGGAAACCAGGUCAUAUCGCGCACCAUACGUGGUAACCAUAGCACGUGGGCACUGAAUGGCGAAAAGGUCAAGGAGGAGCGUGUGAAGCGGGUUGUGGCGGACCUGAACAUCCAGGUGGACAACUUGUGCCAGAUUCUUCCGCAGGAGCGGGUCCAGGACUUUGUCAAGAUGAAUGCCCAAGCCCUGCUGGAGGGAACAGAGAAGGCAGUUGGCUAUGCAGGAAUGCACGAAGAUCACGUGUUUCUUAAAGAUAAGGACAGCACGAAGGAACUGCUGACACGGCAGGUAGCAGAGCACCGGUCGAAACUGGGUGAAGUGGAAGAAAACAUAGAGACGCUCCAGGUAAGCGUGGAUAACGACAUGAAAAGGAAGAAGUUUGAGCGCACCGCCGCAAGACUGAGAGAUCGGCGUGAGUGGCUCAAGUACGAGCUGGCACGGACCGAGACUGCCAGACUUCGCAAGGUGAAGGAGGACGCCGAAACGGAGCUGAAUGAGGCCAAGAGGGCUCUUGAGCCGCGGAGACAACGGCUGGCUCUGUGCGAAAAAGAAGAAAAAUCAUUUCAACUGAAGCUGGACACCUGCAACGCUCAGCUCCGCGACGAACGCAAGGCGAUGGAAGUCCAGAACAAACAAGCCAAAAAGUACGAGGUUGAAAUAGAGAACUUCAUCCAGAAGCAGGAAGAGCGGGAGACCCGUGAACAAGAGCGGCAACAGCGCGAGGCCGGGCUGCGCCAGAAGCUCGAAACUGUGCUUCGGGAUCUAGCCAAUGCCGAAGACCCUGGUCCCGCUCUAGAAGCUGAGAUACGCGACUGCAACGCAGCUGUCAAGCAGCUGUCUGCCGGCGUGGGCAGAUGUCAGGACGAACAGGAGGCGGCUAACCGCGAGUACAGCGAGCUGCAGGGUCGGGUGAAUGGACUUAAGGAAGGCCUGAGACGUGUGCAGAGCGUCACCGAUCAGAAACUCGAGCUGCUUCAGCGUCGCAACCGGGAUGCGUACAACGCAGUGCUGUGGCUGCGCCAGAACCGCGACAAGUUCGCGCACCCCAUCCACGAGCCCAUGAUUCUUCUGCUGGAUGUGGACGACGUCCGGAUGGCCAAGUACGUGCAGGCUGCCGUGCCCUGGACCGACCUGCUGGCGUUCACUUGCGAGACGCGGGCUGACAUGAAUCUGUUCCUGCAAGAGCUGCGGGAGCACCAGCGGCUGCGCGUGAGCUGCGUGCUCUCGGACCCGGCUGUAUCGCUCGACUCUCUGCGGCCGCAGCGCACGCAGGAGCAGCUGCGCCAGCUGGGCUUCCAGGGCACCGUGGGUGACCUCUUCAGAGCCCCGGAUGCGGUGCGUCGCUACCUCUACAAGACGCACAAGCUGCACAACAUCCCUGUGGCUGACGUCGACGGAGAGGCAGCCACCCGGGUGUUGCGUGCCACACAAGGCCAGCAGGGCCUCAACUCGUACAUGAUCGGUGAUCUCAAGUACCGCUCCGGUCAGUCGCAGUACGGCAGUCGGUUGCCGUGGACCUCCACGGAGCCGCUGGCGCGGCCAGACCAGCUCUUCACUCUCACGGCAGACACUGCGCGCGAGCGGGAGCUCUGUGGUCUGAUCGAAGAGGCGCAGCGCAGACAGGAGGAGCUGGGCGGAGUUAGGGAGGCCGCGCAGGCUCGGCUGACCGAGCUCAACGGCCGGCUAGAGCAGGCGAGACGCGCCAUAAGAGAGCUGACAGCACGGCGCGACAACCGACGCAUGCUUGAGGGGCGGCGCAACACCACGGAACAAUCGUUGCGAGAGUGCGAAAGGGCUAGUUGCGACCUUGCAGCGGAGGCGCGUCAGACGGCCUCGAAGAUCGGCGGAUGCUUGGACCAGCUGGCGAACGUGCAGAAGCAGCUGCUGGCCGCCUGCCGGGCAUGCCAGGCCCUGGAACUACGCGGCGAGGUCGUUCGCGCGCAGCUCGACCUCAGCAAACGGCGCACUAGCGAGGCGCGGCGCGACCUCAGCGAAGCCAGCGAGAGUCUGCAACAACUCCAAGAAAAUGUUCGGGAGGCAGUCGACGCCUUUGACGCCCAAAAACGCGAGUCCAAGCGGCACCGGGUGGCAGCGCUCAAGCAAAUGAAACUGGAGGAUGACAACAAAUUGGAUGAAGCGCUCCGUCGACGAUUUAAUGGCUUACCCACCACUCUGGCAGAGCUGGAAACCAACCUUCAGGAGGCAGAAGCCCGCGCAGACAUGCUGUCGACAGAUGACGGUGCCGUCCGGCGCUACCACCAGCUUAAGGAGAGCCAGAGUAACCUCUUAACCGCCCUGAAACAACGCGAGAACGAGCUGGAACGCUUGGAAACCAAUGUCCAGGAACGUCGCACGCGCUGGCUCAAUGAUCUGAAUGAGAUUGUCACUGAGGUUAACAAAUACUUUGGUCAGUUUCUGCGCGAAAUGGGGUGCGCUGGCGAGGUGGCGCUCUUUGUGCCGGAGAACGGACGCGCGGCCGAGUACGGUAUCUCCAUUAAGGUCAAGUACCGCGCCUCUGAGCAGCUGUGCGAGCUGUCUGCCACGCACCACAGCGGCGGCGAGCGCAGCGUGGCCACCAUGCUCUACGUGAUGGCGCUGCAGCACCUCAAGCGCACCUCAGUGCCGUUCCACUGCGUCGACGAGAUCAACCAGGGCAUGGAUGCCCGCAACGAGCGGCGUGUCUUCGAGCUGGUGGUGCGCGCCGCGUGCCGCAGCGGCGGCGCCCAGUACUUCCUGGUGACGCCCAAGCUGCUGCCCAAGCUGCAGUACCCGGAGCACGGCCUGACGGUGCUCUGCGUCUUCAGUCCCGUGGUCGGCAAAUCGGAGGAGUGCGACAUACAAAAGUACAUCCAGAGGAAGCGGCGAGCCGUGGCCGCCGCCGCCGCCGCCGCCGCGCGCGGUCUCCACUGACGGGUGAGCACCGUGCACCGUGCCUUCUCUCACAUAUGUGUGCCAUGAUGAUGAUGUCUAGUCGAGAUAAUAACAUUAACACAUAAUCUCGGGAGUGUUGAACAUGGCCAUGACUAGGAAGAUCAGAGAAGAGAAUUGAAAUGAGAGGGAGAGAGAUGACCUGAUCGAUAACAAUGUAUUUCAUUCCUUUUACAAUAUGCAUUAUGCACUCACGUCACAAGGUUGUCAUUUGUCAUCACUUAUCACGUUUGAUAAUAAACUCAGAAAAUCACGCA